AUAAAUGAUUAUAACAGUAACAACCUAGGCCUGCGCGAGUAACCCCACACAGCCAAAGAGUCUAAGUGAAAGUGAAACCGCACGGAGGGUUUUGUCGAAGAGGAUCAGCCCCAGAGGUUGUUGCUGUUGAGCUGUGUCUGUGAGGAACAGAACCAUUGUUCAGCUUCGUUUCACUCUCCUUUACCUAGUAGAAUGAAAAUUGUAGUUUCAGGCAAAGUUGCAAAAGUUGACCCAUGAACCAAGGAAUUUCAUCAUCAGUCAGGCCUCAUUCCACAAUGUCAACCAUUACCUUUUCCCACAUCCACCCUGGAAGCCUAAAAUUGUGGAAAUCAUCAAAUGUGCUCCGUGUACUCAGCUUCCCUCAAGUUCGCAUUAAACAAACCCAGGUUGGCUGCACAAAAUUGACUCCUUGGGAAUCUCCACAAGUCACAUAUGCUCCCACUGAGAGUGCCAGUGAUAACUUCUUGAAGGAAACUAGUAAUAUAUUUGAAACCCUUAAUUCUAACAAUACAGAUGAAGAACCAGUUACCAACACUGAAGAUGUUACUGACUCAAGUAAUCAGCCAGUGGUACCGCUUCAGUUCCUCAAAUGGCCAAUGUGGCUUCUGGGCCCUUCUCUUCUACUUGCAACGGGCAUGGUUCCGACCUUGUGGCUACCUAUAUCUUCCAUCUUCCUUGGCCCCAACAUAGCCAGUCUGCUCUCCUUGAUUGGACUCGACUGCAUUUUUAAUCUUGGUGCAACCCUCUUUCUCCUCAUGGCUGAUUCUUGUGCCCGUCCAAAGCAGCCAUCACAAGCUUGCAAAAGCAAAGCUCCUUUUAGUUACCAAUUUUGGAACAUGGUUGCAACUGUAACUGGAUUUAUCAUCCCUUUGAUGUUGCUUUAUGGAUCCCAAAAGGGUGUCCUCCAACCACAGCUAUCUUUCAUCUCAUUUGCUGUUCUAUUGGGUCCGUACCUUCUGCUUCUAUCUAUACAGAUUCUGACUGAGAUGCUCACAUGGCAUUGGCAGUCACCAGUUUGGCUGGUGACCCCUGUGGUGUAUGAGGCCUACCGUGUGUUGCAGCUGAUGAGGGGGUUGAAGCUUGGGGCUGAACUGGGUGCACCGGCAUGGACUAUGCACACAAUUCGUGGGUUGGUGUCCUGGUGGGUGCUGAUUCUAGGUAUGCAACUCAUGAGGGUUGCUUGGUUUGCUGGUUUCACUGCUCGAGCUCGUCCGCAACAGUCUCCUGCUGCUGAAAGCUAGCAAUAUCCAGCCUCAGGGAGAACUUCGUAUCUUCCCAUAUGGAUUUUUUAGUACACAAUUUGAAUAAGUUGUAAAUCAGAAAACAUGUUCAAUCACCAUGUUCUCCAUUUCAUUCUUAUUUAUGGUAAGAGACAUCUAGUCACAUAUAUGUAAAGAUUAGGUCAUGAUUUCACUAAUUGUAAUUAGUUUGAUACUAAGGCUUGAUGUUUACAUCAGUCAUGGGCUGUAUUAUGUCAUAGGUUUCAACAGGUUUGUUGUAUGGCUUGGUACAUAAACAUCAAAUUGAUUAUGUGAAUGUAAUAGUAGUGGACCUUUGGGGGAAAAAAUACAGCAAUAUGUGAAAAUAUAUGUACAUCAUGAUCCAAGAAAGUGAAGUUUCCUUAUAAA